CUUACUGCAGCUCGUGUUGCUGCCUGUAUUGCCUAGCAGCUCCCACUCUUUUGCUCUGUUGUAAUGUCUCCAGCCAUCAGAAGCUGGAUGGUGUUUGCAGUUCCAAAUGGACCUGCGAGUGACAAACCCAUUACUCCGACCACACUGACUUGUCUGCAGUUGAUCUCUCGAUUUAAGAGAGACCUGCUGUCUUGAGCAGGAUCCUCAGCAGGUGUAAGGUGGUAUGGGUUUAUUAACCUCGAUAGCUCUGGACUGAAUUACGUGAGCCUAUGACCUGAUGUGGCACUUCCGGUUUUAAUGCUACCUCUGAAGCACCUCUGGGCAGAUGAGAUUCGGACUGGGACCUACCAUGCACUCUUCCAUCCAGAGCAGCUCAUCAGUGGCAAGGAGGAUGCUGCCAACAACUAUGCCCGUGGCCAUUACACCAUUGGGAAGGAGAUCAUAGAUACUGUUCUCAGCAGAAUUCGUAAAAUGGCUGACCAGUGCAGCGGCCUCCAAGGGUUCCUGGUCUUCCACAGCUUUGGGGGAGGCACGGGCUCCGGCUUCACCUCCCUCCUCAUGGAGCGGCUCUCUGUGGAGUACAGCAAGAAAUCCAAGCUGGAGUUCUCCGUGUACCCAGCCCCGCAGGUCUCCACUGCAGUGGUGGAGCCCUACAACUCCAUCCUCACCACCCACACCACCCUGGAGCACUCGGACUGCUCCUUCAUGGUGGACAACGAGGCUAUCUAUGACAUCUGCAACCGCAACCUGGACAUUGAGCGUCCCACCUACACCAACCUCAACAGGCUGAUUGGGCAGAUCGUUUCAUCCGUCACUGCCUCCCUGAGAUUUAAUGGGGCCUUGAAUGUCGACCUGAUUGAGUUCCAGACCAACCUGGUGCCCUACCCUCGGAUACACUUCCCGCUCACCACCUAUGCUCCCAUCAUCUCGGCGGAGAAAGCCUACCACGAGCAGCUGUCGGUGCCAGAGAUCACCAACGCCUGCUUUGAGUUCUCCAACCAGAUGGUGAAAUGCGACCCGCGCCGGGGCAAGUACAUGGCCUGCUGCCUGCUGUACCGGGGCGACGUGGUGCCCAAGGAUGUGAAUGCGGCCAUUGCGGCCAUUAAAACGCGCCGGUCGAUCCAGUUUGUGGACUGGUGCCCCACGGGCUUCAAGGUGGGUAUCAACUACCAGCCGCCCACCGUGGUGCCGGGAGGGGACCUGGCCAAGGUGCAGCGGGCCGUCUGCAUGCUGAGCAACACGACGGCCAUCGCGGAGGCGUGGGCCCGCCUGGACCACAAGUUUGACCUGAUGUAUGCCAAGCGAGCCUUUGUGCACUGGUACGUGGGAGAGGGCAUGGAGGAGGGGGAGUUCUCGGAGGCCAGGGAAGACCUGGCUGCCCUGGAGAAGGAUUACGAGGAGGUUGGAAGGGACUCAGCAGAUGGAGAAGAGGAUGAGGCUGAUGAGGAUGAGUAUUAACAAACUCCUGUCUGUUCUUAAUGAAGUCAAACCUCGUUUCAAAAUGCAAACUGUCUGUCAUCAGGCUAAACUGGUCCCAAGUGCCUGGAGGUGCCAAAGGAUUGUCCUGAACCGCAACGCUACUGUUUGACGUAUUAUACCUUUUCUGCUUGCAUAGUCUACGUGCUCGCAAUGCACUUCUGUAGCAUGGGUGUCUUGAGCUUUAUCACACUGCUGUGUAUCGAGGAGUGAAGCUGAAUAGGUGCCUGGCUUUGUGUUGGGUCACAUCCUGCCUGGGAAGAGGCUCCUGGUGCCUAGUCCAGGGGAAUGUUGCAAGCUGCCUGCUUUGGUUUAAAUGGCAAACUUUUGCUCUGGCUUUUACUGCAAAAGCACCUUUUAAUUAGAAACAUACCAGUGCACUUCUAUGCAACUGUCUUUUGUAUUUGAAUAAAGACUUUUUUUG